ACGUUAGCUAAAUUACCUCUUCCACUGCUGAAUUAGAAAUAAUAUUCCCAGCGACAUUCAAUCGUCUUUGGCAUAAUAGCUGUCGUGUUGGCUGAUUUGCUAGUAGCCUAGCCUUUACGAAAACAUGUCAACAGCAGCUUCGCCAAACUUAAUGUAGAAACCUGCCAAGUUAAUAUUUCCAACAUAUUCGUCAUACAGGCAAGCCGAGACAUGCCCGAUUCCGUAUCGACUGGAACCGGUUCGAAGGUUUCGGACCCACAACAUUCCCAGAAACUCCUCAGGGUCCUUCGCACCUUCUGGCAAGAGCAAAGUUUCCACGAUGCGCUGCUGGUGGUUGAUGGAGAGGAGCUUCCUGUCCAGAAGAACAUCCUGGCUGCUGCCAGCCCAUAUAUCAGGACCAAGCUGAACUAUAAUCCUCCAAAGGAAGACGGGUCUACAUACAGAAUCGAGCUACAGGGGGUCUCCAUGCCCAUUAUAAAACAGAUCCUGGACUACAUCUUCAGUGGUGAAAUCGCUUUGAGUGAAGAGACCAUCCAGGACAUGGUGCAAGCAUCCGACCUGCUCCUCUUGACUGACCUCAAGUCCCUGUGCUGCCAGUUCUUAGAGAGCUGCAUCACUGCAGAGAACUGCAUCGGCAUCCGGCUUUUCUCUCUGCACUACUGCCUUAACCACGUCCACUACGCUGCCACUGAAUUUCUGCACACACAUUUUGGCGAUGUGGCGCGCACUGAGGAGUUCAGGGAGAUGCCCCCGGACCGACUCUGCGAGUUGCUGAACAUGGAGAAGCUGAACAUUGGCAAUGAAAAGCACGUGCUGGAGGCUGUGGUGAGAUGGUACGCACAUGACCCAGAGGAUCGCAAGGUACACAUGAAGGAAGUGAUGUCGGCUGUAUGGCUGCAGGGCCUGGAUGUGAGCUACCUGAGAGAGCAGUCCAUGGGAGAGCCUCUGAUGAGGGAGGUGAUCAGAGACUACUGUCAGCAGGUGCUGGUGGCUGGACCGCUGCAGGGUGAAGCUCUGCUCGAUGCCUUCAAACCCAGAGGAUACUCAGAGUGCAUUGUUAUUGCCGGAGGAGAGGAUCGCAAAAACAAGAAGCCAACUGCCGUGACGCGCUGCAUGUGUCCGCUCUACGACGCCAACAGACAGGCCUGGAUCGAGCUGCAGCCAAUGAGCAUCGCCCGCCUUGGCCAUGGGUUGGUCGCUGCCGAGGGUUUUCUGUUUGCGUUGGCCGGAGUAGAUGAACAUAACGCAAUCCUUAACACUGGAGAGAAGUAUGACCCUGACUCCAACACCUGGAGCCCCAUUCCUCCAAUGCGACAGGGGCGUCAGAACUUUGGUGCGGUUGAGCUCGACGGGCAGAUCUACGUUCUCGGAGGAGACAACAACGAAACAGAGCUGAUCACUGUUGAAGUGUUUGACCCUCACUCUAAUACCUGGAAAAUGCAGACCAGUAUGACUACGGUCCGCAAGGUGGCCUGCUAUGCCUCCAUGAAUAAGAAGAUCUACGCCAUAGGUGGGGGUUCCUACGGGAAGCUGUGUGACUCCGUUGAAUGCUAUGACCCCAAAACCCUUCAGUGGACAGGCCUCUGCCCUGUGAAAGAGAGGAGGUUUGGGUCUGUGGCGUGUGGCGUGGGCCAGGAGCUCUACGUGUUUGGCGGAGUCAGGAGCAAGGAGAAUGAAAACCCUGAACAAAGACAGAUGUUGACCUGCAAGUCUGAGUUCUACCAUGAUGAAAUGAGGAGGUGGAUGUUCCUGGAUGACCAGUCCCUCUGUAUCCAGACCAGCUCAUCCUUUGUGUGCGGCGCUGUGGCCAUCGGAGCCAGCAUUUAUGUGGUGGGAGACCUGGAUACAGGAACAAGCUUCGACUACAUCCGAGAGUUUCGCCGUAGCACUGGGACGUGGCAUCACACCAAGCCUAUGUUACCCAGCGACCUCUCCAAAACAGCCUGCGCCGCCCUGCGCAUCGCCAACUGUCGACUGUUCCGCCUUCAGUGGAGCCAGGGUAUGUUCCGGAUCAGAGUCUGACUCCGGGACACCAGCUGGUCGACCUGUGUUGGCUCUGUACGUCACUUUUGCACACUGGUACCUUCUACCUGCUGUAGGUCUGGGUUAAGGGAUUUCAUGAACACUAAAGUAAAAUGGUUGGUUGAUAUUGAGGAUUGUGACUCUCUGUUCAGGGGUUUAUACUCCAGUGAGACUUGACGGGACAAAAGUUUAUCCUUUUUUUAACAUUAAAGGUUUUAUGGCAGGGUUUUUUUUUACUAUAAACUAAAUAUUUUUUCUUCUUAACACGGGGUUUGUUCAUUUCAUCGUUCACUUCAUUUUUUUGCUUUUUAUUUUGAUCAAUAUUCCUCAUUUGUAAUGUUUACAGGUUGCUUGGUGCGGGGUUUGAACUGCAAACAGCACUUCCUAAGUUAACUACCAUAUUAUUACAUGAGGGAUUCUGCUUGAGAUUUUAAAAGCACUGCUGUGUUGCAAUUUUUAUUGUACAAUGUUUUACGUUUGGUGGUGUAUUGGUUAUCUUUCUGGCCUAUCAUAAGCCCCUUUCAUCAUGACGUUUACGGCUCUGUAACGUCUCGCGGAAUCGGGAUGCCUGAAUCAAGUGAU